AGUGAAACAAAACAAACUUCCAGAUGCAGAGACUCGAAAGCGGUUUGAGAUCCUGUUUUGAAAGAGCAGAAAGCAGGGAACUGUUGUCUUUCAUUGACCUGUUUCUGCAGCUCAUUAACCGCCGGUCAUUUCAUUUUAAAACAAACGCCCUAACAUUUCAGAUCUAGUUGCACCCAAGCGCAAGUGCAGAAGUAUCUGUGCUUAAUACAGUUAAUAUUUUAAGACAUAAUCUUUGCAGCGGAAGACGCGCCCUGUGAGCGGAACAAAUGAGUGACACGUCUGUUGCUGUAAUUUAUUAAUCAGAGGGAAUUGAAGUGGCAGGAGCCAGUGUGGCUAUUUGCAGCAGUUUCAAUUUAUCAAUGAUAACCUGGCUGCCAUUCCCAUCUGCGCUUAGUUCCUUGUGGGGGACUGAUCAUUGCUCUAUUACCGAGACAAGAUUAUUUCUAAUCGCUUUAGGGAAACAUUCCUGUUAACAGAGGAACGGCCAAAGGAAGUCAAGGGGGAUGUUUGUUGACAAUACACCUGGGACUGCAGGUGAGGAUGCCCGGAGGUUUGGAUUUGAAGCUGCCUCCUCCUUCACCUCUGGCCCUGCUCCUCUUCCCCCCCCCCCCCCCCCGCUUUCCUCUGGAGAAGGACAAUCCCCUGCAGGUCCUGAACUCCACCUGCCCUUCCCCGUAAACACCACGGCUCGCCAGGAAACACUUAUUGAAGAGAGCGACUGCCCGUGAGCAGGAUCAGCGGGGGACCAAAUCUGGCUGCGAAGGGCAAUUGACGGGGAGGAGGGAGUGAGACAGCGCUGGAGCGCCAGCCCUGCAUGGAGCCUACAUCAGCCUGCGGCCCCCCUGCCUGUUUGAAAGGGGGCCGCGUGUUCACAGAGUGCAAGUUGACAAAGGGUGGUGGAGUUGGAUCCUUCCUAAACUCUCCUGCCUGGAACCUGAGACUUGCAUGCCAUGGAUCACACGCUCUUUGGCUGCCUGCGCAGCCCUCAUGCCACCGCGCAGGGCUUGCACCCGUUCUCCCAGUCUUCUCUCGCCCUGCAUGGAAGAGCUGACCACAUGUCCUACCCCGAGCUGUCUACUUCUUCCUCCUCGUGCAUCAUAGCGGGAUACCCCAAUGAAGAGGGCAUGUUUGCCAGCCAGCAUCACAGAGGGCACCACCAUCACCACCACCACCACCACCAUCACCAGCAGCAGCCGCACCACCAGGCUUUGCAGACGAACUGGCACAUUCCUCAGAUGUCUUCUCCCCCCGCCGCUGCCAGGCACAGCCUCUGCCUGCAGCCCGACUCGGGAGGUCCCCCGGAGCUGGGCAGCAGCCCCCCAGUCCUGUGUUCAAACUCCUCCAGCCUGGGCACGAAUACCCCGACGGGGGCUGCAUGUGCUCCCGGGGACUAUGGCAGGCAGGCGCUGUCCCCAGUGGAAACGGAGAAGAGGUGCGGCAAAAGGAAAAGCGACAGCUCAGAUUCCCAGGAAGGAAAUUACAAAUCAGAGGUCAACAGUAAGCCUAGGAAGGAAAGGACAGCCUUUACCAAGGAGCAAAUCAGAGAGCUAGAAGCAGAAUUUGCCCAUCAUAACUACCUGACCAGGCUGAGGAGAUAUGAGAUAGCAGUAAAUCUGGAUCUCACUGAAAGACAGGUAAAAGUUUGGUUCCAGAACAGACGAAUGAAAUGGAAGCGGGUAAAAGGGGGCCAGCAAGGGGCAGCAGCCCGGGAAAAGGAACUGGUGAAUGUGAAAAAGGGCACACUGCUUCCCUCAGAGCUUUCUGGAAUUGGUGCAGCCGGCCUCCAGCACACGGGGGACUCACUAGCGAACGAUGACAGCCAUGAUAGUGAUCACAGCUCUGAGCACGCACACUUAUGAUACACAAAGAGAGGAUCCCAGCUCCGUUCUCAGGAAAGAAAUGCUAUGAUGGCACGCCUUCCCCGGGCAUCGUUUACGUAUGCAAGUGACUCUGGCAGUGAUUUUUUUUUUUAAAAAAUGGUUAUUAAAAAUUCAAGCUUAUUGUGUCUGCUUUUCUUGAUUUUUUUUAGAUGGUUUACAGUAAUUGCCAUGUCUUAGAGGUGCCUCAAGAGUGGGAAGCGGAAGAUGAAUUUGCUUUGAACAUUCCAGAUUUGUUUGUCAUGUUUAUGGACAGCGGGCAGGUAUUUUUGCUUUAGCUUGCACUGAAAAUUACAUUGCUUUCAACAGAGGUUAUAUUCUGAAAAACCACAGUGCCACAAAAUCACUGUCUAGUGGAUAAGAAACUUAUUUUAACUCUGUAAAUAUUUAUCUUACAGCAUUUUCCUGUCUUCACUAAUUUUAGUAAUGCAUUAAUAUUAGCUGAUGGCAAUAAUCACUCAUGAUGAUAAACGGCUUCUUGUCUCUUUAUUUUUGUUUUGUUGUCCCAAAAACAGACAAUACAUGUAGACACUUGUGUUCAAGUAAAGAACAAUACUGUAAUGUCUGAUAGGGCACGUCCUUGUACCACAGACAAAACAAACCUUAUGUUGCAUUUACUCUCAACUGCUGCUAAUAGGGUAUUAUUAAACUUACCUUGCUCCUCAAUUCUUCUUAUCUUAUAACUGCCAGAAUGAUUUUUAGGAUCAUAAGGAUAGUCCAGUGACCUGCCAGAAAUAACAUCAUGUUCCACUCGUGUUAGGAAUUUAUUUCCACCUCCCCCACCCC